AUGUUGUUGUCAUUGUCAUUGGACAGUAAGGAUGAUACUUUCAUAUCGACAGAUGAUACAACAUGCGAAAACGAGGAGAGCCCUAAGAGUCACCAGCGCAACCACGCCAAGAAGACCAAUGACUUCCAACACACCCCUCGAGUCAAGAAAACACACACAUGUGACACUUGCCACAAAUGUUUUAAAUUAAAGUGUAAUCUAAUUAAACAUAUACGUACUCACUCAGCCGAAGAAAAACUCUCUUGUCACAUAUGCAAAAAACAAUUUACACGACAAUCUCGUCUGGAUAGACAUCUCUUAGCACAUGCUGGAAAGAAACGACAUUCAUGUCAAACUUGCCAAAAAGAAUUCACACAUAAAUUUCAUUUAAACGCCCAUUUAAAAUUUCACACCAAGGACAAGAGAUUUUCCUGUGAAAAAUGCAACAAAACAUUUACAAAACAAUAUAACUUGAAUAUACAUAAGCGCGUACACACGAGAGAAAAACCCUACAAAUGUGAAGUGUGCAAAAAAGGGUUUAAAUAUGAAUGUACUUUAAAAGCGCAUUUUAAGUGUCAUACCGGAGGAUAUCAAUUCUCUUGUGAUAUUUGUCAAAGGCAGUUUUCACAGAACUCGAACCUGAUUAAACAUAAAUUAAUCCAUACUGGAGAAAAGCCUCACUCCUGUGAAGUAUGCAAAAAACAGUUUGCAUUAAAGGGCACAUUAAACAAACAUAUGUUAAUUCAUACGGGUAAUUAUCGGUUUACCUGCGAAAUUUGUAAAAGACAAUUUUCAGAACAGUUUACUUUGAACAUACACCAACGUGUGCACACAGGUGAAAAGCCUUACUCUUGUGAAAUAUGUAAAAAACUAUUUACACUAAAAGGUACGUUGAAUAAACAUAUUCUUACGCACACGGGAAAUAAACUAUUCUGUUGUGAUAUUUGUGGAAAACAGUUUAUACGUGAGACUCAAUUAAUUGUGCACAUUAAUGGUCAUAAGGGGGUAAAACCAUUUUUCUGUGAAACAUGUAACAAGCGCUUUACACAAAAAAGUAGUCUAAGAGCCCAUAAUUUAAUACAUGCAGGAGAGAAAUCCUACUCUUGCGAAAUAUGUCUUAAGCCGUUCCGAACAAAAACUAAUUUAAAAGGCCACAUGCUGACACACGAUGGGCUUAAAUUGCAUUCAUGUGAAGCGUGCAAUAAGCAAUUUACACAUAAGUCAGCUUUAAUUGUUCAUAGCCGAAUCCACACUGGAGAGAAACCGCACUCGUGCGAUAUAUGCAAUAAAGAAUUUACGGUACUAUCUACCUUGAAAUUCCAUUAUCGUACUCACACUGGUGAGAAGCCACAUACUUGCGAAAUUUGCCAUAAGAAAUUCGCACACCCUUCAAGUUUUAGAAAGCAUAAACGUAUACAUAAAGAGAAAUGCUACCCUUGGUGAAAUUUGGCUUAAAU